AUGACCAGACAAUCACCUUUACCAGGUCCAUUUCCAUUGCCAUUUAUUGGGAAUGUUUUAGAAAGAGAUUUAGGUAAAUUGGCCAAGAGAUGUCAAAAAACAUAUGGUGAUAUGUUUGAAUUAUAUAUUGGUAAUCAACGUACAAUAUGGUUAUGUAGAGCUGAUUUAGUUGAGAAAAUUCAUAGUUCAUCAACAAAAAGUAAUUUCAAAUUACGCAAUAAAAACCAACAAGGAUUGGAAGAAAUGGAUUUAUCAAAUGGUAUAACCAUGAACAAUGAUCUAGAAUCUUGGUCAUUUAAUCGUAAAUUUUUAAUUAAUGCAGCUUUGUCACCAAGUUUUUUAAAAAGUUUCACAAUUAAUUUGGUCAAAGAAAACUAUUUUGAGAUGAAAAAUUAUUGGUAUAAACUAAAUUCAGAAUAUAAAAAGGCAAACGCUGGCAAAGGAAACGGUGAUGAUGAUGGUUAUAUUAUAGAUAUAUCUUCUUGGCUUUCAAGAUUGAGCAUGGAUAUUACACUUAGAACAAUGACUGGCAAAAAAGAAAGUGAAAACAUAGUAGAAUCGCUUCAUAGAUAUGUUGGAUCAAUAAUUUUCUUUUAUUUUGUACCAAAAUUUCUUAGGUUGUACACACCGAUCAGAUUUAUUAAUGAUAGUUUAUUGAAUAGUAACGCAAAGCUUAAAAAACAUUUGCUUGGAAUUGUUAAAGAGAGAAGAAAGGAAAUUGAAACAAUGAAUGGCGGCGAUGAUGUAACUUUUGGAAAUGAUAUGUUAACUUGUCUAAUUAAUAUAAAUACUGAAAGAGAUUUAGAAAGAAAGAAUAUCAGUGAAGAUGACGAACUUUAUAAUGGAUAUGCAAGGCCAAUGACUGAUGAAGAAAUCAGUGAAAUCGUAUUGGAAGUAUUUGUUGCGAACCAAGACACUACACCAACAUCACUUUCUUUUAUAAUUUAUCAUUUAUGUAAAUAUCCGGAAUAUAAAACUCGUCUAAUCAAUGAAAUUUUAUCGGCUUUUCCUCCAGACUCAACCAGCACAGAUUCCAUUAAUUAUGAAAAUCUCGAAAAAUUAAAAUUUCUUGAAGCGUUUAUUCAUGAAGUCGCGAGAAUAAGUCCUGCAAUACCUGCCUUGAUGCGUACAUCCACUAACAAGGAUACAAUAAAUGGAUACGAAUUUCCUGGUCACACAGCAUUCUAUACUUAUUAUCACGGUAUACAUAUGCACCCGAAACAUUGGGAAAAUCCUGAAAAGUUUUACCCAGAUAGAUUCUUGAAAGAUGGUGAUAAUAAUGGCGGGAGAGGAAUUGAAAAAAAUAGUUUCUUACAGUUUGGCGGUGGAAUUAGAAUGUGUCCUGGCCGACAUUUUGCUAUGUUGUUUAUGAAAAUUUUUCUUGUGAUGUUUUUUAGAGAUGGAAAUGAUAUUGAGCUAGUGUAUCCCGAUAAACCAGUUAAAACCGUUUACUCCAUGGCUACUAGGGCUGUUGAUUUAAUGGUUAAAAUAAAAAAGAGAGAUUUACAAAGGGUUAUACCCUUAACUUGUUCUGGACAUACUCGUCCUGUUGUUCAUUUACAAUUUUCACCUAUUACUGAUGGAACUUAUUAUUUAAUAAGUGCUUGUAAAGAUGGUAAUCCAAUGCUUCGAGAUGGACCAACUGGUGAUUGGAUAGGAACAUUCAUGGGUCAUAAAGGUGCUGUCUGGAGUGCUAAAUUAAGUAAAGACGCUUCAAGAGCUGUGACAGCUUCUGCAGAUUUUACCGCUAAAGUUUGGGAUACAUAUACCGGGGAUGUUUUAUUUUCUUUUACUCAUGGGCAUAUUGUACGCUCAGCUGACAUUUCUGAUGAUGGUACACGCAUUGUAUCAGGUGGACAAGAAAAGAAGUUAAGAUUAUACGAUCUUAAUAAACCUGAUGAAGUAAUUGUUGAAAUAGAGGGACAUGAGUCAACUAUUAAAAGUGUUAUUGUAGAUGGUGAAAGAAAUGUGGUGCUGAGUGCUGGAGAUGACAAAGAAAUUCGUUUAGCAAAUUCAUUUAAAACAGAACAUCCUAUCACCAGUAUGGAGCUAUCAGCCGAUGGAAAAUAUAUCACUUGUACAGCUGGAAAAAUUGUUUAUUUUCUUGAUGCUGCAACUUAUCGAGUUGCAAAAUCAAUUGCAACGGCCUAUGAUGUUUCUUCAGUAUCUUUACAUCCCGAUCAUAAAAGAUUUGUUGCAGGUGGUAGUAAUGAUUUAUGGGUGAGAAUUUAUGAUUUUGAAAGUGAGGUGUAUAAGGGUCAUCAUGGUCCAAUUCACACAGUAAGCUAUAGUCCUGACGGAGAAAUUUAUGCUACAGGUUCAGAGGAUGGAACUAUAAGAUUGUGGCAGACAACACCAGGCAAAAGUUAUGGUCUUUGGCAAAACAAAGCAUCAAAAGAUGAAAAAGAAAAUGAUGUUAAUGGAAUACCAACAGAUUAA